AUGACCUUCGUUCAGUGCCUCUGCUGCACCGUCUUUCUACUAGUCAUGGUCGUCGGGAUGUCUACUCGAGGAGCAUCGCGCGCAUCAGUCCCAGCAACAACUCUCGCUACAGGCACGCAAGGCGCCACAUGGGGCGGGGACGAAUGGGAGGACCGCAUCCGACUCUCCGCCGUCCCUCGCGAGGGCGGCAUGGUGGUGCUUGUAACGGGCGCCGCUGGAUUCGUUGGUUCGCACACGUCGCUGGCUCUUAAAGAACGAGGCGACGGCGUAAUCGGUUUGGAUAACUUCAACGACUACUAUCCCGUGCCGCUGAAACGCGCCAGAGAGGAGCGGUUGCUCUCCAACGGAGUCUUCGUCGUCGAAGGCGACAUCAACGACCAGCAGCUCGUCUCCAAGCUCUUCGAAAUCGUACGGUUCACGCACGUGCUCCACCUCGCCGCGCAAGCCGGCGUGCGAUACGCCGUGCACAACCCGCUGGCGUUCGUCCACAGCAACGUCUUGGGCUUCGUGAAUCUGCUCGAAGCCGUGCGAAAGGCGGAUCAUCAGCCCGCCAUCGUGUACGCGUCGUCAAGCAGCGUCUACGGUCUUAAUAAAAAAGUCCCCUUUUCGGAAAGCGACCGCACGGAUCGCCCGGCGAGCUUAUACGCGGCGACGAAGAAAGCGGAUGAGAUGCUUGGGCACACGUACAACCACAUCUACGGUCUCUCCGUCACCGCGCUGCGCUUCUUCACCGUGUACGGACCCUGGGGACGGCCCGACAUGGCGUACUUUUCCUUCACGAGGAACAUCGCGGAAGGGAAGCCAAUUAAGAUCUUCCGCGGGCCCAACGGGCAAGAGCUGGCGCGCGAUUUCACGUUCAUUGACGAUGUGGUGAAGGGGUGCGUUGCCGCCCUAGAUACUGCCACGCCCAGCGUGGGCGUGGGCACGCAAGGGAAGAAGCGCCGCGCGCAGUUCCGAGUGUUCAACCUCGGGAACACUCAGCCGGUUAAAGGGCCCAAGCUGUGUGGUUUGAAGUCCUAA